UUUACGGCAAAGCUCCGCAAGCUCACUCAGCCCGCAAGGCUGUGAUUGGUCUGCUCUACAUCCCGUCCGGUGUCUAGUUUCCGGUUUCAUGCCCCACAAUACGCGGAAAUCACGGAAGAUUUAGAAGAACGAAUAUGGACCAAAUAGAAGAACUCUUGGCAGAAAAGAUCCGAAAGUAUGACCACUUGUAUAACCCGUCACUGACUGGCCGAUUUGUCCGCCAGAAAUAGGCUAUGAGGAGCCGGAGUGGCGAUGUAAAUAAACAGUCUAAUUAUAAGAAGUUGCUCUUCAAUGUCCAGCAGCUCCAUCUCAAUCAAUUGUUGUUCGGUUGGAAUCGUGAAUACACUCUCUGCCAUGGUUCACCGUGUGUUUGUAAUGGAGAACACGACUGGUAGAAGUAUGAGAGCUCCUUCAGGACACACAGGCACAACGACUGGUGUGAGACUAAACACUUCAAACAGGUAUUACAGUGCCUGGUAUUAUUAGGGCCUGAGGAGCAACCUGUCAAGCGUUUUACCUAAAUACAUGAAAAUCCCUUUGGCAUAUGUAUUAUACCUAGAAUUACAAAGUCCAGGGGACCCAUAUUCCAAUCCCAACAGCCAUUUGGAAUUGAGUGGUCAUUUUUGGUAAUUCACACACAUUGUACUUUAACAAACUCUUUCUUCUGAGGAUUUAUCAGAUUGAUUUAUAAUCUGGUCAAUGCAACCCAACCACCUUGAUGAGGAAAAGUUGUACUCUUUGUGAGUGUGUCCGCAGUGAGGGGUGUGUCCGCAGCAUCACGUCCAAUUUUAAUGUUUGACUGCGAAACGGCAGUUGUUUAUAACUUCACUGUACAUAAACUUCCAUUAUGGGUCCUGCAUAUGGGUGCGACAAACUGACUGGAUAUUUCCAUGAUGCUGCCCCGACGGCACGAUUCACUAACAUGUAUGAACCAAGCCCAUCUUUCUUACAAAAAAGUGUCUGGGACCCAUACCCUAAAUUGAACAAGAAGUUGCCGAUGUAGAUUGUAAUGUGAAAGAUUUGCAGUGAAAUAAGAAGGUGUGGUCAUUUUUAGAGUACAUGCUUAAAUUGUAUGACAGGGACUUGUCCCCCUUUUGGGGACAAAAAGCAAGUCUCCAUGAUUUAAUCAUUACAUUUUAAGGAAUAGAUUAAGGUUAUGCUUAGGUUAAGUCUAGGUUUAGGUUAAGAUUGGGGGUUAGGUUUAGGUUAGGUUGAGAUUAAUAUUAAGAGUAGGUUUAGUCAUGUAAUAACUAUGGUUAAGGUUAGAGUAACUGACCUGGAAAUCAAAUCAAAGUCAAUCAAUCAAUCAAUCAAUACAAUUUUCUUUGUAUAGCCCAUAUUAACCAAUCAAAAUUCGUCUCAUAGGGCUUUAACAAGGAGUGACAUCCUCAAAUUUUAACCCUCAACAAGAGUAAGGAAAAACGACUAAAAGCAUUUUAACAGGGUAAAAAGAACGUAGAAACCUCAGAGAGAGCCACAUGUGAGGGAUCCCUCUACCAGGACAGACAGAAGUGCAUAGAUGUCAAGUGUAAAAGAGAACAUCUGCAAGAUAAGGGUAGUUGCAGCAUUGAUUAGAAUAAACACUUUGUAGCAUAACUGAAGGUCAAUGAAUAGAUAGAUUAUUGUCAAUAAUGAUCAAUCAAUCAAUCAAAUUUUAUUUGUAUAGCCCGUAUUCACAAAUUACAAUUCAUCUCAUAGGGCUUUAACAGGGUGUGACAUCCUCUGUCCUUAACCCUCAGCAAGAGUAAGGAAAAACUACUAAAAACCCUUUUAACAGGGUAAAAAUACGUAGAAACCUCAGAGAGAGCCACAUGUGAGGGAUCCCUCUCCCGGGACGGACAGAAGUGCAAUAGAUGCCACGUGCAGGAAAACAUCAUCAAGAUUAAAGUCUUCAAGAUUAAAGAUUAAAGUCUCUAGCAGCAUUUGAUGAGGGUAGACAUCCCGAAGGACAACCCCAACAUAAUAAUGACCAGGCAGUCCUGCUGCAAUCAUAGUCCAUAGUCAGGAGCCACCACGAUCAUGAUCCACCAUCAACAUCAGAUGCCAACAUGAUACAGGAUCCGCCAUUAUUAUCACGAUCAGCCAGCAUGAUACAGAAUCGGCCAUACUGGAUCCACCAUUAAGAUCAUGAUCUCUGAUAAGCGAUCCACCAUCAUAAUCUAGGAUGUGUGGACGAUAAGGCAAAGGGACUCCGGGGAAGAAGCCACGGAAGUACCAUGUAUUGAUGAGAUAUUAAUUUAUUUGAUGUGAUAAGGAGGGAGAAGAGGAAGGAGAAGCUGGGAAGAGAAGCUCCGUGUGUCAUGUGUCCCCCGACAUUCUAGAGUCAACGUAAUUUCCUCUGAACUCAUGGAGACACAACUGUGUGUGUGUUUCUGUGUGUGUGUGUGUGGGGGGGGGUCUGUGUUUAAGCACUCACAGAGACCCCAAGCAAAGACUGGUCAAACCACUAUAAUUGCCAAUGACAGAGGACACCUGCUCCCCGGAGUGGCUAAGAGAGGCAGUGCAUGGCCAGACUUUAAGGGGACCUGGGAUCUUCCUUCUCGUAUCCCAGCCUGCCACAUCAACCCAACAGGCCGCUCUAUGGAGGGCCUCAACAGGCUCAAGUCCUGGGGCUUCUACCCACAGCACACAGGGAGAUCUCAGCCACACAGCUGCAGCAGGAAGUCAGAAAGGCUGCAGAAUGUCAGCAAGCAGACCAACAGGGACGUGCAGCAGGACUGUGUCGCUCCAGCCUCCACAGCCAAUGCCUGUCCAGCAUCUCAGAACUGCCCCGUCGCUGGAGGUGAGUCAGCCACUGACCAAAACCAGGACUUGCAGGCAGCAGUUGUUGAACAAACUGCUCAGGCGGCCAGGAGUGAGAAGCCGCUGAGCCAGUGCUCUGCAUCUGAAGAGAAGCCAGGUGCUGGAGAGGGAACCGUCAGCCAACCCCAAACUGGCAGAGGGAGACCAGUGAGCAACGUGUGAGAGAGAGCAGCCAGCCCAGGAACAGCAGCAUCCUCCACCAUCAAAAAGAAAUGCCUCUAGACUUCACCGGCUUGACUUAUUUUAGCAUUGGUCCUUAAUUGUUUCCAGCAUUAAAACAGUCAAUAUAUGAUCAUAUAUAAAAAGCUUCUUUUAAAAUAUUUUAUGGAUCUAUGACACUUUGAACCUGCCGUUAGGCACACAUCUCCUCCCUCCUCUCCUCCCUCCUCUUUCUCUGUGACUUCUACCUCUGCGGUGGUUACUGUUUCUAUUAAUUGUUCUGUUCGCUGACAGGAGUAACAACUUCCAGCGACAUUAAACAUUGCAAAUAGAGUUAUAAGAGUCUUAUUUCAAGUAAAUGAACAGAAAAAAUAUCGGCAGCAGGGUUACAAGUAGUUCCAUUUGUAAUCCACUACAUAUCACUGCAAUUACAACAGGUCGUGAAUAAUAGUGCAUUGCUGUAUUGUCUGGAUUUUAAAAAGACUACUGGGAACAUGGUUUCCACUGUACGUUUUUGUAUGUUAUAAUACCACGCCAAAGUUAAAAAGUAUAACGUAUUAAAACAUGAUACAAUGCUGUAAUAUACUGAAGUUACAGUAUAAUAGUGGCAGAAUGUGUGUGUCAGUGGUGUAAGGCAUGUGUUUCGACCAAACCGAUACUCUGUGCAAUGAACCACAGCACACACACACGUUUUGUCUCUCCCCAUGACUCACCAUUAUACAAAGACAUGAAUUUCAGUUACACACUCCUCCACAGCUCAAAAUUGAAAAACAAUAGAAAGUACACAAUAGACACCUCUGAAGUGUGCUUGUCUUUAAGGCAGUCAGAAAUAUUAGGUUUUUACUUAAAAGCAUAGAAAUAUCUUUAUACAUCGAGAAGCUUUCUAAUAAUAGAUAUGCUCUUUUACUAAUGCUCUUCAUAAUGUUGAAGAGACACACCACA